AUGGGAUCAUGUGUGGUGCUUGGCACAAGGCCAGAGGGCGACAUCAUCAUAAACCUGGUGAACAAUGACGACUUCUCCACAGCCGAGGCAGUUGAGAAGAUUGUCGCUCUCACAGCCGACGCCGCGGCCGAGGCCUUUUCUACACAAGAGCAAUUCAAGGCCACCAACUUGGUGCAGCACAACGUCUUGCUGCAACAUUCUACCGCAGUCGCUGGAUUCAUCAUCGACUGUGCUGAGCAGAUUCCCCAUGAUCAGCAAUCCAAGCUUCUUGAUUUUGUAUUCCAGCUUCAAAAGGUCACGGUGCCUGAUCCCAGGGCCGGUGCAGAGCUGCGACAGGAGGACGAAGUCUUUUGGACUGGCAUGCCCCGACUGGGAUUGGAAUUAUCAGAAUAUCAGGGCUUGAGCCGAUCAACUGAGGAACAAUUGAGGCUCUACGAGAAUUGCGUCGCGUUUGUGGCCCAGCUGUCCGAGAUUGGAUUCGGUAGCUUCAAGGAGAGCAUUGGCUGGAACCACUGGCCAUUGACGCGCAUGUUCCAAGAGACUUACAAACCGACGAGAUCAAACGUGCGCCUGGUAUGUAUUUGGCUAAUUUAUGCACCCAAAAAGGUGCAGCAGGAUGCUCAACUUGGUCGCACGCGCGGUACUGGCCCCAGAGCCAAGGUUUUCAAGCCAGAGUAUUGGGCCCGGUGGAAGCAGUUUUUGGAGGAUUGCCAAUCCAAACCGUCGGAUGAAAUUGCAGAUUUGGAUACACAGAAUCUCAUCGGGCGGGCAUUGGAUAGUAUGGAGAAGAUAUAG